AUUGACGGGAACACAAUAAAAAGAGUAAGUUCUUCAUAAAAUAUCUUGUAAAUGUGAAAUUAAGUAGUUUAUCAUGAAAAAGUGUGGACAGUGUAAUAGUACGGAGAUUGAAGUUGAUAGUGCUCGUGGAGAUGAAGUAUGUACGAAUUGCGGUGCAGUUUUAGCUGAUAAUAUCAUCGUUGCAGAAGUUCAAUUUGAGGAAAAUGCUCAUGGAACAUCUGCGGCUGUUGGACAGUUUGUGUCAGCAGACUCAAAAGGUGGGGCUACGGGAUACGGGAAGUUUCAUGUUGGAACUAGCACAGAAUCUAGAGAAGUAACACUCAGAAAAGCUAAAAUAGGUAUUUCACACUUGUGCAAUAUGCUGGCACUUAAUAAUCAUUGUAUAGAAACAGCACACAACUUCUUUAAAAUGGCUCUCUCAAGAAAUUUAACUAGAGGAAGGAAGAAUUCACAUAUUUAUGCAGCUUGCGUGUACAUUACUUGCAGAACAGAAGGAACAUCACACCUGCUGAUCGAUAUUAGCGAUGCUCUUCAGAUCUGCUGCUAUGAAUUAGGGAGAACAUAUUUGAAGCUAUCACAGGCUUUGUGCAUAAACGUUCCAUCUAUUGAUCCAUGCAUUUAUAUCAUGCGAUUUGCAAAUCGAUUAGAAUUUGCCGAUAAGACACAUGAAGUCUCUAUGACAGCUCAACGUCUUGUUCAAAGAAUGAAAAAAGAUUCACUCCAUUCAGGUCGUCGUCCUUCAGGUCUUUGUGGCGCUGCCUUAUUGCUUGCUGCUCGCAUGCAUGACUUUAAUCGGAAGCCAAACGAUAUUGUUAGAGUUGUAAAAAUUCACGAAUCCACGUUAAGAAAGAGAUUAUUAGAAUUCGGAGAGACACCGAGCAGUGCAUUAACCAUAGAUGAAUUUAUGACGAUUGAUCUUGAGGCCGAGGCCGAUCCACCAGCUUUCAAAGCUGCGCGCAAAAAGGACAAGGAACGAUUACAAAAGCUGCCAGAUGAAAGUGAAUUUACAUCUUUGCAAAUCGAAAUCGAUGCAGCCAUUGAACGAGACCUAAAAAAGAAUCGUAAACGUAAACUUAACGUUGCCGGCACAUCCAUGGUGAUAGAUGAGUAUGAUGAAACAACAGAGACAGACAAGUUUAUAGGAGAGUCGACAAUAGACGUUAUAAAUGAAUGUUUACAAGCCGAUCCUGAUGACUUUGUUGCUGGUGAUAUUAAUAAUAAAGUUAAUGUAGAUGUUGUGGUUCCUAAAAAAGAAGAGAAGAAAGUAGUGAAAAUAGAGAAAGAAGUUUUACCGAAAUUUGGUGGAUUAAAACCAGAUUUAUUGGCAUUAUGUACUGUUUCGGAAAAAGAACAGUUUCUGCUAUCGUCAUCGAAUAAAAAAUCAACGGAACCAGUUAAUGAUUUAGAUUUAGAAGGAUUAGAUGAUAAUGAAAUUAAUGGCUAUAUUUUAUCGGAAUCUGAAGCUGUUUUAAAGGACAGAUUAUGGAAUAAGAUGAAUGCAGAAUAUUUAAAGGCGGCAAAGGAACGUGAAGAAAAGGCAGCUAAAGAGCGUGAAGAAGGGAAACCUGAAAAGAAAAAGAGGCGCGCAAAAAAGAAGGCUAUUGGACCAUCAAGUUCCGCUGGUGAAGCUAUAGAAAAAAUGCUUCAAGAGAAGAAAAUUUCAUCAAAAAUCAAUUAUGAUAUUUUAAAAUCACUAACGGCUACUCAGGACGAUAAAGUUCCCGAAGAAACAGAUAAAGUACCAGGUCCAGAAACCCCCAUUGAAGAAGAAGAAAAGACUGAAACUGAAGAAGUAUUACAGCAGCAGCCUAAUCCUCAAAGAAUUGAACCGUCAUCAACAUCACCUCGAAAGAGUUACAUCAACUUAAGCAAUAAUAGAAGAUCUAAAGCACAAAUGGGUCUUCCCGUUGUAAUGCACACCGAAACAGCUGAAGAAGAAAAACCAGCUGAACCGGCACAAGCAGUGGAGCAUGCGGAUGAUUUCGACGAAGACGAAGUUGAGGAGCAUCCAGAACCCCAAAAUGAUGAUGACAGGUUAGGAAAUAUUUUGAAUAUGGGUGACGAGGAUAAUGAAGAUGCUUAUUUACAUUCAGAAGAUUACUAUUAAUUUUAUUAUAUUGAAUAAAAAUAUAAUUUAUUACCGACACACAUGAAUAGCUAUUGAAUAAAUAUUUAAGUUUCAAAGCAUA